GGCCACUGAUUUGGAUCCACUCGCCCACCGAAAGAUAAUUCCAUUUCUUGCAACCACAUAUGAUCAAACUCAAGUCUAAAUCCUUGUUGUUUUAUUUGGCCUUCCAAUGUCGAUUCAUUUCUACGCCAACAACACAACCACUGAAACGAGAGAGAGAGAGAGAGAGAAAGAGAUGAGUUCACCAAGUUCUCAGUUUGCUGCCCCGUCCGGCGCCAUCGUCGGCCCAUGCUUCUGCGUUCCGGAUCCGAUCGGCCUCACGUUCUUCAUCGACGCCGCCUGGUUGAACUGUGACCACCUCGCGGUGACCGACAUCAACGGCAACGUCGUCUUCAAGGUCGAAGCCCAUAAGUGGAGCCUCAGAAACAGGCAGGUGGUCGUCGACGCCUCCGGCAAGCCUGUGAUUUCGAUGCAGCAGAAGCUGAGAAGCAUCCAUGACCGGUGGCAAGUCUUCAAGGGAAAUAGCUCAGAUCCUAAGCAUCUACUGUUUAGCGUCAAGAGGAGUUCUGCUCUCCAAUUCAAGACCGAGUUGGACGUGUUCUUAGCUGCCAACACGAAGGAGGAGGUGUGUGACUUCAAGAUCAAGGGAAGCUUCCGCAAGAGAUCGUUCACUGUGUACAAGGGCGACUCUUCCAUGGUGAUCGCGCAGAUGAGCAAAGAAGACAUACUGGUGAAUGGAUUGGUAUCCAAGGAUGCUUUCGAGGUGGCCGUCAACCCAAACACCGACUACUCCUUCAUUACUGCUCUGACCAUAAUUCGACAUGAGUUCUUUAAAGAAGACGCUGGAAUCUCUGAUGAAAUCUCUGAUGAAAUCUCAAAUGAAAUCUCAGAUGAAAUCUCAAAUGAAAUCUCUGAUGAAAUUUCAAAUGAAAUCUCAGAUGAAAUCUCAAAUGAAAUCUCAAAUCAAAUCGCAAAUGAAAUCUCAGAUGAAAUCUCAGAUGAAAACUCAGACGAAACCUCAGAUGCAAUCUCAGAUGAAAACUCAGACGAAACCUCAGAUGGAAUCUCAUCUGUAAUCAUAUCUGCAAUCUCAGCUUUACUAGGUGGAUCCUAAUUCUCCAUGCCUGCUAGUAUAACAACGAGUGACUUCCUCUGCAGCGUGAAACCACAUACGGGUACUUGGUGAAGAUUUGGAUGUUCAUGGAAGACUUUGGUUGUAGUACUUAAUCUUAUGGUCCUCCUUUUGUGUUAUUGUGGGUUGGCUAUAUAUGUAAGAAUUGAUAUUUAUUGCGCCGCAGCUGAACCUGUUCAGAGAUCAGGGAAGUAAAAGUGAGGUGGAUAUUGGGUCUCUUCUCAGCACUAUGCACUGUUUAGAGAUCAUACAUAAAGCUUGUUUGAAGAGCUCACUGUCACUUCUUUCAAGCAUUGAAGAUUCAUGUUUCCUGA